AUGUCAUCCGAAUUUCAUGUGGAAUCAUACAUUUCCUCGAAAGAGCUCAACCAUCAAUCGGUAUCCUUGGUGAUACCAAGACUGACAAGAGAUAAGAUACAUAACAACAUAUAUUAUAAGGUCAAUUUAACUUUGCCAUCAUUACACUGCGAUACAUUUAUGGGUCUCCUUAAGGUAAUUAUACGGGACUUCGGGACUUUAAAGGGUAAAUCGAUCAAUCAGGGCCACAUGUUAGGAGGAAUAAUGUUUAAGUGUAUCCUGAUGAAAAUUGUGGAAAUGCGACCUACCAUAGAGCAACUAAUAAACAUUAUUGAUUCUAAUCGAGAAUCGAAUGAAUUUGAUGAUAAGUAUAUAGUUGUAUUGUUACUUACUUAUAUUCGAGUUCAAUAUUACUACUUAGGUGAAAAGAACGAUCUGGCAAAACGUUUCAGAAGUUUAUUUAAAAAAUACUUGUUGGAUUAUAGAAAAAUGAAGUCUUUAGGUCUCUAUGAGGACUGUACUGCCACAUCGCAAAAUCUUAAUGUCUCUAUUAUCCAUAUGGAUGAAGUUCUUGACCAGUUGAUGACUAAAAAUGAUAUAUGGGGGAUUCCUUUAGGCAGGUGUGUCUGGUGUGAUGUUUACGAUAGUACCUCUGACAGCGACUUUGAUAGCGAAUCUAAUAGCUCAACAGACGAUUCUGAAAAUUAG